AUGGUUGUGGUUUUUGAGACCAACGAGCCCUAUAGCCCUGCCAUGCUGGAAGCUGCCUUGAUCGACAUCUACAAAUGUCUCCAGGCACCAUCUUCAAUCCCCUUUGCCUCCUGUGCCGCGGCCAUCAAUACCGCCCGGGACGUCGUUGCAGAUAUUGGUCCACGUGCUGCUUCACGGUCCGUGGGCCUUCUAGAUAUUGCACGUUGCAAUCCAAGACACUCCGAAAGAGAGACACACAAGGUUCUAGCAAAGAAGUAUGGCUUAGCGCUGGACAUUCCGCAAUCUAGGCUUUCAACAAAAGAUGAUGGCUGCCACAUUCCCUUGCUUAGGCUCAGGGAUUGGGCUCGAUUUCUGUUGAAACACAAUUGCUGGCACCUUUGCACGGGACUGGUCCGACCAGACCAGAAAAGGGAGAGAUCCAUAUUGAAAGUGUUUUGGGCACGCUACAAGCAGUGGAACCCGAAGCACCCCAUCUUCCAGAAGGCUGCUCGUGGAGAAGUGUGUUUAAGCCGAGUUGCUCCAAUAUGUUUUCAUGGGGACGAGGGCAGAUCGCGCAAGCGAUCACCAUUCAUGGUCUUGAGUUUUUACCCAAUGCUGGGCCGUGGCGUUUGCUUGCAAAAGAAGCAGAAAGCGCAGCCUUUGAAGCGCUACCUAAAAUUGAAGCCGAACUUCAAAGGACAUUCCUACACCAGCAGGUGGCUUUUUACAGGCCUGAGAAAACGUGACUACACCGACAAGCGCGAGCACAAUUGGAAGUUGGUUCUGGAAGAGGCUGCUACAGAGGCGGCGCACAUGUGUGAGGUUGGCGCUGAAAGCCUUUCAGGUGAAAGGCACUGGAUGCAAUUGGUUCACAUUUGUGGCGAUUGGCCGUUUUUACACAAAAGUGGAUACUUCCGGAGAUCGUUCCUUACAGUUCAAAAAAGGUUGUCCCAAAGGAGAUUGGCAGGCAUAUGUCACUUGUGCUUGGCAGGAACGAGUGAUGUGCAGUUCGAACAAAUCGCCACCAGAAGGCCAAAAUGGCUCUCCACGCUUCACCAGGAAAGUCCAUUUGAUGAACCAAAUCCUUUCAGUGUUGUGUUGCACGUGGAAGAUCGGCUAUCUGAGCUGUGGGCCUACGACCUAUUCCAUGUAUGGCACCUUGGUGUAUCGAAAAACUACUUGGGAUCAGUUCUGGUGAUUCUUAGCGAACUGGAACCACACUCCAGUGUGGAUGCUCGCUUCGACUCCCUGACUGAAAAAUAUAAGACAUGGUGUCGUGUGCACAAGCGACGUGCGCAUGUGAUCAAGAUCAACAAGGAGCUGUUGAAUUGGACCACUACGUCCCAGUUUCCAACAGGAAGUUGGCACAAGGGCGAGUUGUCAACAGUUUUAAUGGAGUAUGUUGAAUGGCGGUUCCUCAGCGAAAGCUUUGAUGAUCCAAUGCUGACCAAGGCUGCAGAAGCAUGUCAUGCGAUACAGGCAUGCAUCAGGGGCAUGUAUUCUGCUGAUCUUUUUCUCUCUCCGUCAGAGAGCCACCAGAUUUCUGAACUUGGGUUUCGCUUUCUCCGACGCUACGAGCAAUUGGCCCAAGAGGCACAUGCUCAGCACAAGAACUUGUUCGUCUUCCAACCCAAGAUUCACAUCAUUCCACAUUGGUUGGUGGCACUCAGCAAAGCCUCGAAAGAUAACCGAUAUGCCCUAAACCCAUUGGGCACCAGCUGUCAGCAAAACGAGGACUUCAUCGGCCGGGCAUCACGUGUUUCGAGAAAGGUUGCGACCAGUGACUUGAGCUUGUCCAGGAUUAUGGACAGGUAUUUAAAAGCUGCCUUCGCUAAGUGGGUUGACUGUGGAUACUUGGUCAAGCCAGAGUAA